GUGCUUUGAGCUGAUCCUCUGAUCCGACAUCAGCGGGUUUUCCAACCUUGAGGCGCAAGCGAGCUUCUCUGCUGCUUCGUUCGGUAUUGCGCUGAGGUGUUGACAUCAGCUGUGCCUUGCUCGUUGUAAGAUUAUGCAGCACGCACCAAUGAAGCAAAAUGAAUCAGUGUAUUCCGAGCUUGGGAGUUGGCAAGAUCAUAGAAGUGCUAUUGGAACUCCCCCACUGGCAGGAGAAUAGAAGUGGGGCGGUCCUCCACUGCUCCGAGCUAGAGCAGUGUCGCCAUAUUCAUAGUUCACUCAAAGUUCAGCUCAUCUUGGAUCAAUGUGGAGGGGUGCCACUUGAAUUUGCAAAGGAAAAGCAACUCAGCUUGCCUAGUCAGACGUUCGGCCAGCUGGCCAAGCAUGCGCAGCUUAAUUAGACGCUGCAUUCUAUCCCUACUCCAUUCCUGCAUUCGGUCGUGAUGCCUUCACAUCCUCGCAUUCAUUUUUCGAAACGCUUCUCCACAAGGGCUGAACGAUUGAUCGCAGCUGAACUUUCCCACAUCAAUCUGUCGGCCCAAAAUGGCGUGCACUCCCUCAGCGCCCACAGCAGCCGGCGUCUACUGGCAGGACGGCAAGCGCUGGAUUGCGUACGACCCACAAACAGCCCACCAGAUUCAAGAGGCGCUGGAGAACGUCGAGAAGGAAGUGAAGAUUGGACCCUUCAAUGGGUGGCAUUUUCUAAUAGAUUUGAGGACCAUGACCCAGAGGAAUGUGGAGUCGGGGAUGGAAACCCGGGUGAAAGUUGUGGCGGAGAGUAACGCUGAGCUGAGCCCGGGGAGGUCUUCUGAGGAACUGGCCAGGAGAAGGGCCGGGGGGCACUGCCGCUUGUGCCCACUGCUGGGAGCACAAAGAUUGAUGGCCCAAAUGAUGAAACGGGUGAGAACGAGGCGCACAUUUUCUAAAAUGGACGGUGUACAGAACAGCGCCCGCCCUUCCAGCAAGCUCACGUGACCUUCAGCUUGGCACAUGGUCACUCUGGAGGUUUAGAGAGAAGUCUUUUGAAGUUGGUGAGUUAAAAUGAGUCGCUAGGCGAGGGCUGAGUGACAGCAAUGUGUAAAUUAGUUGCCCAUAGCUUUCUCUCAAACGUUUGCUUAGAAGACGGAAGCGUCCCGCGUCUCGCGGUCAGUGAAUAGGAAUACAAGGAAUUCUUGCUUCUCAAGGCAAACGUACUUCCACCGUUUCGCAAGAUGUGUUUUUGCGGAGGUUGAAAAUGCGUGAGACACGUAAACUAAUCAAGUUAAAUUGCGAUAGAACACCCAUUUGUUGUCAACGUCGUGCGAUGAUAGGUUAAUCAAUGGGCUGAGAAGUACGUCCUUUGCAGCACCAUGUUAAUCGCUUUGUGAUUCUCACAACGUACGUCCUCGGGCAAGCAGACAGUCAUGUCCGAAUCCUUCGAAGCGUCUGCGG